UUAAUAGCUCUCUGGGACACUAAUCCAGUUCCCUGAAUGGGCAAAACAGAACCUAACUGUGUUAUUUCAGGGAUUUGUUUUAUGUAACAGAUUAGUCUCCAAAUCCACUGUGAAGAGUUGAGUUGUUAGUGUAGCUGGUGACAGCAAAGCUUAAUCCUCUGACCUGCCCGGGACAGCGACCGUGCAGAUCUGUGCUUUUCAUCUCUCUUUUGUCACUCCUUCAGUAAGGUCCAGCAACUUGCCUAUCAGCAUCUGCAUUUGGAGAGAAGAGAAAAGAGAGAAAGCAUGCCAUGUCUGCACACGGAGUCCCUGUCCUCUUUGCCUGCUGAAGGCAGGUAUGGAGUCACCUCAACCCGCAUGGGGUCUCAAGGAUCCAGGUCCAAAUCUGGUAAAAAAGGGAAGAAUGGAGAGAAGGGUGCUCAUGUGGAGAGGAAUGACAGUGAGAAAGAACAGAGUGUCAUAACCAGUGCUGGAUGGUUCUUCUCCCCGCUCUGGAACCCUGGUGCCAAAACCCAGAGACUGGGAUUCAGGAUGGGACAGGAAAGCGAGAGAGUGAAGGCAUGGCUGGAUGAUCAUUCAGAUUCUGCCAGGUCUUACUUUAGCAGAUCUUCAAGACAUUGGGUGAAUGGCUGUGUAGAAAGAGCCCAAGCUGCCCAAACCCUCAUAACUGAGCCAAGGUCUAGGAUGACCAUUCUUGGCAGACGCAGGGUGUCCCACCCUAUGUCUGGGCCCUCUCGAGGGAUUCUGCACCCUGCCACAAUGAAAAGACCACACUCCUUUUCCGUCCAUCAGAUUGAUAAUCCUGAGAGUUUGGAACAAACAACAUGUUUGCCACAUUCUCUGAGCUCCUCAAGACCAGCGGGACAGUGUAGAAGAGGCAAGUCCUGUAACUUCAUGAUGCGGCUCGUUGGUGGUCCGAAUAGACCUCUACAGAACAAAAAUAUCUGUCUUCAGGUCCUACAACAUCUUUGUGAAAUCACUCAGGCUCAGAGCUGCUGUUUCUCAAUGACCACCGUGGACAAAACAGGUGUAAAGUGUUUGGGUCCUGUCUUCCAAUCAAAUGAGGAGUCUGUCUACGACUACACACAGUCAGAGUGGGACAAGUGCAUUAUGGGAUAUGUGGUCAGCACUGGGAGGCCUCUUAACAUCAGGGAUGCCCGUGAGGAUCCAAGAUUUCAGACUGAACUGUAUGAGACAGGAGAAGACAGACCCAAGAGUAUUCUCAGUGUGCCCAUCCUCAACCACAAAAAGGAGGUUAUAGGUGUCAUCAUGGCUGUGAACAAAAGCAGGCGAGGCACAUGCGUAGACAGCUAUUUCUCCGAGCAAGAUGAGAAAAUGCUGUCGUCACAUAUGGUGUUGUUCGGACUGAUCCUGGAAAACAGCCAGCUGUGUGAGAGUUCUGAACAAGAGAGCAAACGCAACCAGGUUCUGCUGGAGUUGGCCCAGCUGGUGUCACAUGACUACCCCUCUGUGGAUGACAUGCUCAGCAAACUGGCUGCUGUCAUCCUGCCAGUGACAAAAGCACAAUUCUGUACUGUUUUCAUCUCAGAUGACAGCUCCACGGAGCCUUUCUCAAGGAUGGUCCAUAUAGAAGAAACCAAUUGCUCCGUCCAAUGUUCCACAAGGGAUUGUGACACCAGUGACAUCAGCUACAUGUGUGCUGUUCAUGUGCGAAACUCUGUGGAGACGCUGAACUUUGUCAACAGGCCUGCCCAGAUUUCCAAGGUCCCUCAGAUCAGAAGUUUGAUCGGCACACCUCUGAGAGGCAAACAGAGAGGUGUGUGCCAGCUAGUCAAUAAAAGAAACGUGGCCCUUGCUGAGACAGAAGUUUUUAGCCGAGCUGAUGAGCUCCUCCUGGAGGACUUUGCGGUGUACUGUGCUCUAGGAUUGCAGAACUUCAACAUGCAGCAGAAGGCAGAUAAAACCAGAGCCAGGCUGGCUGUAACUAAAGAGGUCUUAUCUUAUCAAAUCUCUGUUUCACAAGAGGAGAUUCAUGACUUGGAGGAGUCCGUCAUCCCGUCAGCAGAUGCACUCUGUCUACUGGAUUUUGGCUUCAGUGAUUUUAAUAUGUCCCAGACUGCCAUGGCUCAGGCCGUUGUGCGCAUGUUCCUGGAUCUUAAUUUGCCCCAGGAUUUCAGCAUUGACUACAAGACCCUGUGUCAAUGGGUUUUGAGCAUAAGGAAGUGUUACAGGAACAAUGUGGUCUAUCAUAACUGGAGUCAUGCAUUACAUACUGCUCAGUGUAUGUUUGCCAUGCUGCAGACAAAGGAGCUAAAGAGUAAUUUUAGCAGUCUGGAGGUUCUUGCUCUCAUGAUUGCCAGUCUGAGCCAUGAUCUGGACCAUAGAGGCGUGAAUAACUCUUACAUAGAGAGGAGUAACCAGCCUCUGGCACAGCUGUAUGGUCACUCAUCCCUAGAGCACCAUCAUUAUGACAUGUGCCUUCUCAUUCUCAACAACCCCGGCAGUCAGAUUCUGAGCUCGCUCUCAUUGAAGGAAUACAGGGCCUGUGUGCAGAUGAUUGAGAAGAACAUUCUGGCAACAGACCUUGCUAUUUAUAUAGAGAAGAGAACAAAGUUCUUUAAACUUGCUCAGAAUAACAGCUGUCUUUGGAAGGAUGAAGGACAUAGAGAACUGCUGAGGUCAAUGCUAAUGACAGCAAGUGACAUAUGUGCAAUAACCAAACCAUGGCCAGUUCAGAAGCGGAUUGCUGAACUCGUAGCAACAGAAUUUUAUGCACAAGGAGACAGAGAAAAGUGUGAAUUCAACAUUCAGCCAAUUGAUGUGAUGGACCGUGAAAACUCCUCUCGGUUACCUCACAUGCAGGUUGACUAUAUCGACGGGAUUUGCUCUCCACUUUAUGAGGCCCUGGCCAGCAUUUGUGAGUCCUGUUCUCCUCUGAAGGAAGGUUGUAGAAGCAACAAAAAACACUGGCAACAGCUGGUGGACAGCCGAAAGGAAGAAAAUUCUUAAAAAUUAAAAGACAAAAUGGAGAAAGGGAAGAAGCAACUUUAACUCUUUUGGGGGGCCAUUCAUAGAGUAGACCAGCAAGAGAGAAA